AUGCAGAAAGCCUUCACUCAGCCAUCUUCUCGUUCCUCACAUGGGAGAAUACACACUGGAGAGAAGCCCUAUGAAUGUCGAACCUGUGGGAAAGCCUUCAAUAAGCCAUCUCAGCGUGCCAGACACGAGAGAACACACACUGGAGAGAAACCCUAUGCAUGUUGCACCUGUGGGAAAGCCUUCACUGAUCCAUAUUCUCGUUCUUCACAUGAGAGAAUACAUACUGGAGAGAAGCCCUAUGAAUGUCGCACCUGUGGAGAAGCCUUCACUUACUCAUAUCAACGUGCCACACACGAGAGAACACACACUGGAGAGAACCCCUAUGAAUGUCGCACCUGUGGGAAAGCCUUCACUCAGCCAUCUCACCGUGCCAGACACGAGAGAAUACACACUGGAGAGAAACCCUAUGAAUGUCGCACCUGUGGGAAAGCCUUCAGUGAUUCAUCUCAACGUGCCAAACAUGAGAGAAUACACACUGGAGAGAACCCCUAUGAAUGUCGCACCUGUGGGAAAGCCUUCAAUCACCCAUCUCACCGUGCCCGACACGAGAGAAUACACACUGGAGAGAAACCCUAUGAAUGUCGCACCUGUGGGAAAGCCUUCACUGAUUCAUCUCAACGUGCCAAACAUGAGAGAAUACACACUGGAGAGAAGCCCUAUGAGUGUUGCACCUGUGGGAAAGCCUUCAAUCAGCCAUCUCAGCGUGCCAGACACGAGAGAACACACACUGGAGAGAAGCCCUAUGAAUGUCGCACCUGUGGGAAAGCCUUCACUGAUCCAUCUUCUCGUUCCUUACAUGAGAGAAUACACACUGGAGAGAAACCUUAUCAGUGUCACUUCUGUGGGAAAGCCUUCACUACAUCAUCUCAAUGUGCCAAACAUGAGAGAAUACACAGUGGAGACAAACCCUAUUAGUGUCACUUCUGUGAGAAAGCCUUCACUGUGCAAUCUUGUCGUGCCACACAUGAGAGAAUACACACUGGAGGGAAGCCUUAUGAGUGUCACUUCUGUGGGAAAGUUUUCUGUUUAGCCUCCAGUCUUUUGCAACAUAUGAAAGUCUUUGGUCAACUUGUUGAAAACAAGUAA